GCGCAGGCGCGCGCUGCUUGGGCUUUGCUCCCGCGCGGGCGCCAGGCUUUCGUAGACUCGCUCAGUCAGGGCUUGGGGCCCCGCGGCCAAGGCGUCGUGGUCGUUGUCGUCGUCGUCGUCAUGUUUCUUCACUCGGUCAACCUCUGGAACCUGGCGUUUUAUGCCUUUAUGGUCUUCAUGGCGACUCUAGGGCUGUGGGACGUCUUCUUCGACUUCGAAGAGAACAAGUGCAGUAUGAGCUACAUGUUUGAGUACCCGGAGUAUCAGAAAAUAGAACUUCCAAAGAAACUGGCAAAACGCUAUCCUGCAUAUGAAUUGUAUCUUUAUGGAGAAGGAUCCUAUGCUGAAGAACACAAAAUACUUCCUUUAACGGGUAUUCCAGUUCUCUUUCUUCCUGGUAAUGCUGGAAGUUAUAAGCAAGUUCGUUCUAUUGGCUCCAUUGCACUUAGAAAAGCAGAAGACAUUGACUUCAAGUACCACUUUGACUUUUUUAGUGUGAAUUUCAAUGAAGAACUUGUGGCACUGUAUGGUGGAAGUCUUCAGAAGCAGACCAAGUUUGUACAUGAAUGCAUUAAAACAAUUCUCAAGCUCUAUAAGGGUCAAGAAUUUGCUCCAAAAAGUGUGGCGAUAAUUGGUCAUUCUAUGGGUGGCCUUGUUGCAAGGGCAUUGCUUACACUGAAGAAUUUUAAACAAGAUCUGAUAAAUCUUCUAAUUACACAAGCCACCCCACAUGUUGCUCCUGUGAUGCCAUUAGAUCGUUUCAUUACAGAUUUUUAUAUGACUGUAAACAACUAUUGGAUUCUAAAUGCUAGACACAUAAAUUUAACAACGCUUUCUGUAGCUGGAGGAUUCCGGGAUUACCAAGUUCGUUCAGGACUGACUUUUCUGCCAAAAUUAAGCCAUCAUACCAGUGCCUUAUCUGUUGUGAGUUCAGCGGUGCCUAAGACCUGGGUCUCAACAGACCACCUCUCCAUCGUGUGGUGUAAACAAUUGCAGUUGACUACAAUUCGAGCAUUCUUUGAUCUUAUUGAUGCUGACACUAAACAAAUAACUCAAAAUCCCAAGAAGAAAUUGUCGGUUUUGAAUCACCACUUUAUAAGACACCCAGCAAAACAUUUUGAGGAAAAUCCAGCAAUAAUUUCUGACUUAACAGGGACAUCUAUGUGGGUUCCAGUAAAAGUGUCGAAGUGGACCUAUGUAGCUUACAAUGAAUCUGAUAAAAUAUACUUUACAUUUCCUCUUGCAAAUCAUAGAAAAACCUAUACUCAUGCCUAUUGUCAGAGCACCAUGCUGGAUACAAAUAGUUGGAUUUUUGGCUGCAUAAAUAGCACUUCUAUGUGCCAGCAAGGGGUUGAUUUAUCAUGGAAAGCUGAACUGCUGCCAACAAUUAAGUCUCUGACAUUAAGGCUUCAAGACUAUCCAUCUUUGUCUCAUCUUGUUGUUUAUGUACCAUCUAUUCAUGGAAGUAAGUUUGUUGUAGAUUGUGAAUUCUUUAAAAAAGAGACAAGAUCCAUACAGCUUCCUGUAACUCAUCUUUUUUCUUUUGGAUUAUCUUCAAGGAAAGUGAUAUUAAAUACAAGUGGCCUGUUCUAUAACAUAGAGCUUCUGAACUUUGGACAGAUAUACCAAGCUUUUAAAAUCAACGUAGUAAGCAAGUGUUCAGGAGUCAAAGAAGAAAUAACUAGUAUCUAUAAACUUCAUAUUCCCUGGUCUUAUGAAGAUUCACUAACCAUUGCACAGGUUCCAUCUUCUACAGAAAUUUCUUUGAAACUCCAUAUUGCUCAACCAGAAAAUGACAGCAGUGUAGCAUUAUUAAAAAUGUACACAUCAUCAGACUGUCAGUAUGAGGUAGUUAGAUUUCAUGGUGGAGCUCUUCCUGCUUAUGUUAUAUCUAGCAUCCUUCUUGCUUAUGGAGGACAGUUAUACUCUCUUUUCUCAACAGGUCAUUGCUUAGAAUAUGCUACUGUGUUGGAUAAAGAAGCCAAACCAUACAAAGUUGAUCCUUUUGUAAUUAUGAUUAAGUUUCUGUUGGGGUAUAAAUGGUUUAAAGAAUUAUGGGACGUGUUAUUAUUACCAGAAUUAGAUGCCAUCGUUUUAACUAGUCAGAGUAUGUGUUUCCCCCUUGUAUCCUUGAUUCUCUUUCUGUUUGGAACAUGUACUGCCUACUGGGGUGGCCUACUCUCUUCUACAUCUGUGAAACUCCUUUCUUCAUUGUGGCUAGCUUUGAAAAGGCCCUCUGAACUUCCUAAAGAUAUCAAGACGAUAUCACCAGACUUGCCCUUUUUGACAGUUGUUUUGAUCAUAGUUAGUUGGGCAACUUGUGGAGCAUUUGCCAUACUUCUUACUUAUCUUUACUAUGUGUUUAAGAUUGUUCAUCUACAAGCCAGCCUAACAACUUUUAAAAAUAGCCAAACUGUGAAUCCCAAGCACUCUAGAAGAAGUGAAAAAAAAUCCAAUCACCAUAAAGACUCUACAGCACACCAUCUUCGUUUAUCUGCCAGUGAUGCUGAAGAUAGUCUUCGCAUGCACAGUACUGUGAUUAACUUAUUAACAUGGAUUGUAUUACUCAGCAUGCCAUCUUUAAUUUAUUGGUUAAAGAAUCUUAGGUAUUAUUUUAAACUUAACCCUGAUCCAUGUAAACCUUUGGCAUUUAUUCUUAUUCCAACUAUGGCAAUUCUUGGAAAUACUUACACCGUUUCAAUAAAAUCAAGUAAAUUGUUGAAGACUACUUCACAGUUUCCACUUCCUCUGGCCGUUGGUGUGAUUGCUUUUGGGUCUGCACACUUAUACAGGGUUCCAUGCUUUGUCUUCAUUCCUCUUUUACUCCAUGCAUUAUGCAACUUUAUGUAAGGUUGGAUUUAAGGGAUGAUAAAGAUGAUUUUAUGUCAGUAAUAAGAGGGAAUGCACAGAUCUAUCAAUGUGGACACCAAGAUCCUUUGGAGAAGACAUCUAUUUUUACAAUAUCGAAAAUAGGAAAUUAGUUUUGUAAUGCUUGAAGAAAGUAGUUGAAGCAUGGUUUUGUUUAGUGCUGUGGCAUCUGUGUUAGUCAUUUCUGAAAAAUUAAUAAAAAGAUGUGGUGGACACUGUCUUUGAGGACUCCUCUGCAUAUCAGCUAAUCUGCUUGAUUGGCCAUACUAGGGAUCCUCUAAACACUCAGUAAACGAAAAGCAUUUUUUGUAAUUUCUCUUCCAGCAUUCUGCUCAUUUCAUCAAACUUUCUUCUGAAAAGUGGAUUACUUUAUAUUUGCUACAGUACAUAUAUUGAGAAAUGAGUCUUAAAAGAUUGAUGAAAUUCACAACAAUUUAGUUUCUCAAAAAUGAAGCAUCCAUGAAGAGUCUUUGGCCAGUUUUUGGCAGCCACAGGAACAAAGUAGGUCUUUUGUUUUCUUCCAUCUAUGAAAAUACAUCUUUAAUUCUAAGGAGACAUGUUUUCUUGGUAACCAAUGCAAGACCGACAGACAGAUGGAAACCUAAUCUAAACUCAAAACUUAGUGAAGUUUUCUUCUUACUUUUCAAAUACAAUUCUUAGUUUGUAUUCUUGGUUAAUAUCAAGAGACUAUUAAAGAGAUAUAUUGUUAAAUUCUCAUAGAUAUUUACUUACUGGAAUUGAAACAGUUCAGUUGUCUAUAUCAUUUUAUUUGUCAAUUUAACCAUUGAACCCAUGGUUGCCAAAAGUGCCUCAGAUCAUGAUGGAUUGUUAAAAUAACUAAAUUCCAAUAGUUCGAAAAAACUCUAGGUUUGCAAUUUUUUACUACUGUGGAAAAAAAAUUAGCAUGAUCAAAUGCAGUACCACAUUUGAUGUAUAAACAGUAUACCUGAAUAAAUUGGAGGAUUCAGCCACUAGGUUUACAGUGGAAUCUUAAUUAGCCAAGGUGAUUACUCUUUGACAGAUAAGAGAAUAUUUUUAUUUCAUUUCAGCUUUCAGCUCACUUUUAGCUCCAAAAGAGUAGGAAAUAGGUAUUGGAGUUAGGUAUCUAUGCCUUAAGAAAGAAUAAACUCAGGCUGAAGUAUACCUAGCUGAUAGAGCCCUUCCUUUAGAUAUGUAUGCUAUAAAUACCUACAAUCUCUCAAGUCCUUAAGUCCCAGUAAUUCCAACAUUGCACCCAUGAACUUGUGUCCUCAGUACCCAAGGAUGUCCUAGAGUACCAGGUUCAUUUAUCUGCCAUUACAUCUGGAUUCCCUUACAGCCUCUCAGCUGUUAACUGCCUGUAGAGGGUCACCCCCACAUUACUGCCUACGCACGGUUACCCCACUUCUCAGUUGUUCCUCAGUCCUUGCUCUUUGGCAUCAGUUGAAAGAAGAUCUUGCUGUCAUCUCUUAGGGUUGUAAGUUUGUUUGAUUUUAUUGUUGUCUUUCCCAACUUCAUGCUUAUUGCUCAGAAUUUAUAAUUUCACUUACUGAGACCAUUAAGGGAAGUGAUAACCUCAUAGGAGACAUGGCAGGCAUACCAGGCUCUUGUUUGAGAGAAGUAGAAAAGGGAUAAAAUGCAAAAUGCUUGUGGGUUCAGUACCUGGAAGGAAAGAGAAUUUAUUAUACACUUGUCUUAGGGCAUACCACAUACAUAUUUAAAUAAAGACACAUCUGCCUAUGUUUAGCUAUAUACAUUCUCAUAACUUUUAUACACAUAGGUAAUUUUUACUUUUUCAUGGAUAUGAUUUUAUUUCAAGUUACAGGUUAAAUGUGUCAUUUAACUAUUCCUGAGUUUGAACUUAGGUCCGUAUACAGAAAGAACUUUAUAAAGUCCAUUAAUUUGGAUCCUCUAUGACAGUCAUAAUCAUUGUUAAUGUGAUCUAUAAAUUUUAUUUAUACAUAUAUAAAUAUAUACCAUACCUUUUUUUUUUUUUUUUAAAUAUUUGAACGGGGUCUUCAUCAAGUCUUGAUGUACUUUAAACCUAAAUAACUACCCAAGAUAAGAAGGUAGGGUCUGUCUGAAGAUUAGUGAAAUUAAUGUUUCUACUUUUCCUUGAGAAAAGGAAAGUCCUUUUGUCUUUAAAUUUCACAUUGUUUCGAUCAUGCUUACAGCCUAUGUUAUUAGCUGGUAAAACACAGCUUUAUUAGCAAUGUUACUAAAAAUGAAAUUAUUUUUUGGUAGUUAGGGAUUAUCUAAUUCAUCAAACUUCUGAGCUCUGAAGUUAUAACAUUUUUAUUUAGAGCUUGUUGAGUUUGAAUAAAUUUUGUGCUUAUAAAAAUAAUCUGGGUCCUAUUGUUGGUAACUGGAUCAAAUAUAGACUGCAUAAGAAAAAUUCUGAGUAUUUUCAGUGUUUCUUAAGCCGCCUCUAGAAUUACUACUCCUAUAAUUUAGAACCGAUAAUAUAAUAGAAAUCAUUAAAGCUCUUUUUUCUGGAUCUUUUUCAUGCCAGAAAUUAAACAGAUUCUGCUAAAUUUUUUCUUGUUUGUCAUCGGAAUGAAAAUAUUUAAAAUAAUGGUCCUAAAAAAUCCAUUCAUGCUUGUCAUGUAUUAAUCAAUUUAACUUUUUUCAUGUUUUGGUCAGAUAAAUUUAGAUAUAUGUAAUGGAAUACCUUUUCUUGAGUGAACUACACUAUAAUGUUUGCAUGAUUAUACAGUAAGGAAAAAAACUAGUAGGUCUAAAAAAUGAUUGUUGUUAUGGCUCAUGCAGGUAUAUUUAUAUACAUUUCCACCACACACACACACAUAAUUAUAUGAGGCACAUUAUCUGAUUUACAAAAUAGGGAGAUAAUUGGGAGCUAAAUUUUAUCCCAGUCUUUUUGAACAAAAGACAAAAUCUCUAAUGAACUUUUGUUUACACAUAUUACUCAUGCAUUCUUUCACAAUAAGUUUUAACAGUCUGAAGAAAUAGAAAAGUUGUGAGGCUACUCACAUUCUUUGUUAAUAAGGAUGAUAGGAAAGAAAGGUCAGUAAUCCAAAUCUGAAUAUGUGUACUAUAAAUGCUCGAAAAUUCACAUUUUUUUGAUAAAUAUAUUAUGAAUACAGAAGAUUGAAUUUUGUAUAUUAAUAACUUAGUUUUAAGAAUAGAAUAAAAUCUAGAAAUAGAAUAGACUUAUUUUAUUAAUAGUAUGAAUAUAACAGUAUACCUGAAUUGAUAACAUGUCUUUCAAAAGUUAGAUGAUAUUCAAAGCUGUAGCUAGAUUACAGUGUGUAUGGCUGAAAAUUUUUAAAUCAAGUACAGUACUUUGUAAAAGUGUUUGGCAUGUUAUGCUGCCAAAAAUUACUGUUUGAAAUACCAAGUAACCAGUUAAUUUCUGAUGACUUUGUAUAGAACUUGAUAUAUAUAUGAAUGAGAAUUAUUCUGUACCGAUUUGUACCUUGUAACUUUGAACACUUAGGAAAACUGUAUCUGUUGAUGUAUUUUGAUUAGUUAAGUGUAAAUUCGUUUGCAUAUUGGAAUCCUAAUCUUAGUUCAGAAAGUCUAAAAGUAGCCAUUUUUGUAAAGUUCAUCUGCUAUUUUUUUAUGUUAUCUUGGUUUUUAGUAUUUAUAUAAUAGGACUAUUACUAGUAAAAGAUUUAUAAACAAAGCAUAGAACUACAAAUUGUUUGAAAGCCUAAAUGAUAGGCAUUAUUUUAUAUUUCAUGUUGCACUUGUUUUGUUUCAUAUUAGACUUUUUACAUCCCUUUUUUAGGAAAAAAAUACUUUUGAAUUUUUUUAGCAUAAUUCUCUACAUUGGAAAAUAUAACUGUAUUUAUAUGGUUAGCAAAACACAUUUUGCCACCAAAGCUAAAUGACACUGUAAAAUACCUCCAGAUAUUUGUGCCAAUGAACUUUUCUUAGCAUAUUGAGAUUUAGAGCAAAAAUAAUGUUUUCAGUAUUUUUCAUCUAAAACAUAUUAAAUAUGUAAAUCCUCAAAACUUAUAUUCUAUACCCUAAUUUUUCUUUGAAAAUAUAUAAACCUUGUAGCUUUGUUGUAUUCUAUUUCGUCUGAUUUCUGUAAUAGUGUCCUCUGAUUUUAUUAGGUAAAAGUUAGUUUACCAAAUAAUAAUCUUUCAGUAAAUAAUUGAAGUAAUCAUUUGAAGUAAUUUUGCUUUAGAUUCAUCCUGUGAUGUAAAACUUUGAAUUUUGUUGGUUUAUUUUAGUACAAGUGUCUGUCAUUUAGGUAAUGAAAGUUUAUAGAAUUUGCAAUUUGUUUUCUCUGUAUUUCCAUUUCAUCCCUUUGUACAGUCACAUGUUUCACAGGAGAAAAUAAUCCACUAGAACCUAAUAUAGUACAAUGAAGUAAAUAUUUUAAAAUGCAUAUCUUAAAGGAAAAUAUUACAGAACAAUCAAGAUGUUAAUGCUAAAAUGUUAAUAUCAAUACAGUGUUAUAUUCUUGAAAGAAAGGUAGAAAUAUGAUAGACUCAAAAACUAUAUGUUGCUCUGGUUAAAAUUUUUCAAUUUCUCCCCUAUAGAAAUUCUUAAAGGGGAUUUCAGUCCCUCAUUAUAAUAAUAAUUUUUCCCAUCAUUUAAUGUCACUCACUGUUUCUCUGCCUAAUAAUGUUGAUGCAGUUUGCAUAAGUAGCCUUGGAAGUAAAAAGGCAGCAAAUAUUAAAAUGUUGAGCCUUGAUUUAGUGACCAUUUAUCCAAUUAUCUAGUGAGGACUAUGGAUGAUAUCAGUAAAAAAGAUGAUGUACUAAACCUAAAAGUUAAGUGAACAUUAUAUUUUGGUAUGAGUUUAUCUUUUAUGUGGAAUAAUUUUAUCCUAGGUAAGAGAUGCCUGUAUUUAACAUAACCAUGCUUUCUACAUAAUCAAAUAUAUAUUUGUUAGGAUAUUGGUAGAAAUGACUUUCUCCUUCCUCCACAGUGGAGGAAGAAAAAGCUCCAAUUUUUAGUGUAUAUGAAUUAGGAAAUUGUAUAUUUACAUUUUUAAAAAUAUAAAAAUGACAAUUAUUUUAAAGUUUAAAGUGAUUGUAUUACAGCUUCUUAAACUUAUGACUAACUAAAUGUAGCAAUGUACCCAUGAGAAACCAGACCAAAAUAUGAAUUGAAUGCAUAUUAUCACUGUGACCUUGAACUUAUAGUUGUUUGGGAUAAAACAGACCGUGCCUUAAAAUGAUGAAGGAAUGCCCUACAAUGUUAUAACUCUAUAUUUUACUACUGCUGGCCUUUUCAAAUUUGCUCCAACUCCUUUUCUUUCAGGUCGAAGUAAAAGUUCAAAAUAAAAGUUGACCAUUGUUUCCCUUACUAUUUACAGAACUAUUGCGCUAGAGGCGUUCUCAUUUGAAAUUAAAACUUGACUUAUACUUUAUAGAUAUAGAAAUUUAAGUUUCUCUAAAGUUUCUGAGAAGGUGGUGGCACUUCUGAACUUGUUAUGCAGGGAAAGCUUAAUCUUAAGCGUAAUUUUUUGUCUUUUUAAUGAAUACUGUAUCAAAGACUUAAGUUCUUCCCUAAGAUCUGUUUAUUUUUUUCUCAGAUUAUUGAGGUUUGUAUUUAUAUGUAAAAUAAAGUUAUAAUUUUUUUUAAUAAUUAAUAUUAGAUUUAUGUAUUAUAUUUUUAAAUAUUUUUUCCCCUUUCUGUUUUUCUUCCUAAUUAUUUUCAAGGUAUUGAGAGAACUGGCUCCAGUUUUGUUUUAUUAAUGGAAAGACUUGCAUUUUUUAGUGUUUAUCUAAAAUAACAGAUAUAAUUUUUAUUAAAACAAAUUAUGCCAUUCAUAGGACAUUCAUGGUCUCUACUGAAAGAUGCCUACAACUCUCAGAAUUUGUUUAUUUUUGUUUCAAUUUUGAACAUAAACGUAACACCUUUCUUCCCAUUUCACAUCCACUAUUUCCCCAAAAAGACAAAAAUAUAGGUUUCUUUAAAAAUGUGUAAAAAGAAAACAUGUCUUUCUUUAAAACAUGUGGACAAAUUGAGAUGGAAGUAGUUUGGGCAAGGGUAUGUAAUAAAAUAAAAUACAUGGCCGUCAACAUACAUCAGUUUUCGUAUUAUAGUUAAAAGUUUAUAGAGGAUAAAUUGUGUUAUGCUGAGAUAGGCUCCGUAAUUAUUUAUUUGCAAAUUGAUAAUUUUGUUCUCAUCCAGAAAAUGCAGUGCAUAGUAACGAUACUUAAGUGCAAAGGAACUUGUCUUAUAUAUACUGAAAAAUGAUUGUCACCUUGUAGAUCUUUCCAUUUAAACAUGCAUGAUCUUUUCCAGUGUUUUGUACAAUGUGUGGUGUACUAAAUACACAUGUGUAAUUUUGUGUUUUUGGUAUGGUAUAGUUAACAUUAUUACAUUUAACUGGUUGUAAUUCACAAAAUGUGCUAUUGUACUCUGUAGGGUGUUGUGACUGUUUUUAUCUGUGUUUCAACGUUACAGUGUAGGGUUUAAUAGACAAAUAUUUGCCUUCAGUCUCUGCUCAGGUAUUGAUUGAUGUGUAGCAAUUUUUGGUGCUUUCUUUUUAAUCUGUCAUAAUCUGGUGUUCUGAAUGUUCAAUAAAUUUGGUGAACUAGAA